AUGAGAAUCCCGCCUGUAGAAGUCAUUCUCAGUUGGCCGACCCCAAACUUCAUCAACCCAGUCACAAGAGGCCCGGCCAACGAGAUCGUCGCCAUCAUCCUAUUGGCCAUCGCCACCAUUAUCAUCGCCAUCCGGAUCUAUACACGACGAUGCAUCACUAACGGGUUCGGCUGGGACGACAUCCUCGUCGUACUGGCUUUCAUUCCAGCUACGGCUUUCGUGGUUCUCGGAGUCAUCGCUACGGACAACUAUGGCUGGGGACGGCAUAUCUGGGACGUGCCUACCGAGAGGAUCACAGUGUCACUCCAGAUUGGCCUCGCCGGCCAAAUCCUCUUUGACUUGGCGACAAGUUUCACCAAGUUAUCAAUGCUAGCUCUGAUGUACAGGAUUGCGUGUACGGCUUCGAACAAGCUCAGGUUGCUCGUUGUGGUACUCCAGGUGCUCAUAUCCGUCAACUGUAUCGUCUUCAUGCUGGUAGCUAUGCUGCAGUGCCGGCCCCUCAAGCUUUACUGGACGCUCUCGUUGGAGCCCCAAAACUGCAUCGACGAAUCCGCCCACCUCCUCGUUGCCGGCAUCAUCAAUACCGUGACCGACUUCCUCGUGGUUCUCCUGCCGCUCGCCCUCAUGCGCAUUGUAUAUGCCGACAAGCUCACCUCGAGACAACUGACUAUUGUCAAUAUCUUGUUUGGUGCCGGGUUCCUCGCAUGUUUCGCUGGUGUUGCUCGCACGUACUUCACCUGGAUUAUGACCACCGAGCCCGACGCCACAUGGAACGCCUGGAUCAACUGGCUUGUGUCGUGCCUGGAGCUAUUCCUCGGCAUUAUUUGCACUAGCAUCCCUUCAACAAAGCCAUUUUUCAACAAGUACAUUCCAAAGCUACUUGGCACCAACGCGCGCAGAACUCGCGCAACAACCGAGCCAGUCCCCACGGACAAGGCCACCACCGGUUCGGCGAGAACCAGUCAGAUGUCGAAUGAGCCCGAAGUGAAAGAGCUCGACGUAAUUCCAUCGAAAUCCCCCGCAGCCAAAAGGUUUAGCGAGGCAACUCUCAACAAGCCAUUACCAGCAGUGAUGAAGAAUCACUCGGUCUACACUAUCAAUAUCCAACUGGACGAAGCCAGUAUAGGACCCGCUGACAGGGUUUCCGAUAAGACAACGGCACCCAGUAGUCGAACGGCGCAAAAAUCAGACCUGGCCCGGCGCCAGGCCGUCAAUAAUUUCAGCCGCCCAAAGAUCCAACAUGUGAGGAGCAACUCAGAGCCCUCAAGUCAGCACCGGCCUAGCUUCAGCGCUGAAGACGGCCGGCCUGGCAGCCACAUUUCCACUGCGUCCGGCGAAAGCAGUCGUCAUAGUCAUAUUCUGUACGAAGUUGACGACAUCUACCGUGAGAGCAUUCGUCAGAGCAUUGACGACCUCGAGGCAGGAAUUCGCUACGGCACCUACGACCGCAGUAAUUACACCGCCGUACCCGCGCCAUUGCGGCCAUUGCGGAAACACGCGAAAUCGGGAUCAGUCAACACAUUCGGGGGCUAA